AUGGUCAAGACUUCACAGAGGAAGUGUCAUGAUUGGGUAAACCAAUCCAAACCAAAGCCUGAUUUAAGCAUCUCCAUCCCACUGAGGAUGUCCAGUAACAUAUUCAAGAGUCCAGUUACGAGAAUCACAUCCCACCCAGGCAAUGAGGUCAGAUACCAUCAAUGGGAGGAAACCUUGGACAAGCCCCAACAAGUGUGCUGGCAGAAGAGACUUCAAGGACUCCAGGCCUGCAGCAGCGCAGGACAACUCUUAAGUCCUUUUGAUCUUACCAAAGCCCUGCAAACACUUGUGCCUAGUUGCACAGGUGAGUCCCGGCCUGGUGUUCUCACAGGUGGUCCUCACGGCAGCUCCAUGUCCAGUGCUGCCGGCAUUGCACGUGUGGCAGAGAUUAUUCCAGGAGCUCGUCAGGGUGUCCCACAGCUCCCCUGCAAACAAUUUCUGGUAACAGAGAAAGAUAUCAAGAAACAGGAAAGGAAAAUGAAGAUGGCAAGAGAGAGACUGGCGAGAGCGUUGAUUGCAGACAGACUCGCUAGUGAGACAGAAAAAGUGAGGGACCAAAAAGAACAUCCUGAAAAACACUAG